AUGAACCGCGACGAUGAGAAGCGCGGCGGCAAUCUCACCGGACAAGAGAUUGCAAAGCACAACAGCCGCGAAUCAUGUUGGGUCAUCAUUCACGGCAAAGCGUACGACGUCACCGAAUUCCUUCCCGAGCACCCUGGCGGACCCAAAAUCAUUCUCAAAUAUGCGGGAAAGGAUGCGACUGAAGAGUAUGCUCCAAUUCAUCCACCUGACACACUCGACAAGUACCUAGACCAAAGCAAGCACCUCGGUCAGGUCGACAUGUCGACAGUUGAACAGGAGAAGAAGGAGGACGAUCCCGCUGAGGUGGAGAGACAGCAGCGCAUUGCGCGCAUGCCGAUCCUGGAGCAAUGCUACAAUCUGACAGACUUUGAAGCUGUGGCGAGGAGGGUCAUGAAGAAGACUGCCUGGGCAUACUACUCUAGCGGAGCAGAUGAUGAGAUCACGAUGCGGGAGAAUCAUUCCGCCUUCCACAAGAUUUGGUUUCGCCCACGGAUAUUGCACGACGUUGAGAAAAUCGAUCUCUCCACCACAAUGCUAGGCACGAAAGUCUCAAUACCAUUUUACGUCACCGCGACAGCUCUCGGCAAGCUCGGUCAUCCUGAAGGCGAGGUCGUUUUGACACGAGGCGCAAAGAAACACAACGUCAUCCAGAUGAUCCCGACCCUAGCUUCAUGUUCGUUCGACGAGAUCGUCGACGCUAAGGAGGGCGACCAGGUCCAAUGGUUACAGCUCUACGUCAACAAGGAUCGCGAAAUCACCAAGAAGAUUGUGCAACACGCCGAGAAGCGCGGAUGCAAAGGGCUCUUCAUCACCGUUGAUGCCCCCCAGCUCGGACGCCGCGAGAAGGACAUGCGAUCCAAGUUCUCAGAUGUCGGAUCGAACGUACAGAGCACAGACAGCAGCAGUGUGGAUCGUUCUCAGGGUGCCGCUCGUGCCAUCUCCUCAUUCAUCGACCCGUCUCUCUCAUGGAAGGACAUCCCGUGGUUCUUUUCUAUCACAAAGAUGCCGAUCAUCCUUAAGGGCGUGCAGAGGGUGGAAGAUGUCAUCCGAGCAAUCUCGAUCGGCGUGCACGGGGUUGUAUUGUCGAACCAUGGAGGUCGACAAUUAGAUACAGCUCGCUCGGGAAUCGAAGUCCUCGCUGAAGUCAUGCCCGAGCUCCGCCGAUUAGGUCUGCAAGAUAAAAUCGAAAUCUACAUCGACGGUGGUGUGCGCCGUGCCACCGACAUCAUCAAGGCAUUGUGCUUGGGUGCCAAGGGAGUGGGCAUUGGUCGUCCGUUUCUUUUCGCGAUGUCGGCCUAUGGAUUGCCAGGAGUUGACAGAGCUAUGCAACUGCUCAAAGACGAGAUGGAGAUGAACAUGCGCCUGAUUGGUUGUAACAGCGUUGACCAGCUGGGACCAGAGUUCAUCGACAUUCGCGGAAUCAGCAUGCAUUCGACAGGCGUGCCACUCGAUACCCUUUCACUGUCAGCGUACGAUCCGUUGAUGGUGCCACAAGAACGGGCCAAGUUGUGA